AUGAGUUAUCGCUUGACAUGGAUGUUUCUACUUGUCGUAGUGGUCGGAAGUGCUCUGGCCCAAAUUUGUACCCCAGAAUGGGGAUACGAAGGGUACAGUUACAUCAUCAAUAAUCAAUCAGAUCUCGACGAGAUAGCAGCAAAGUGUACGACUAUCAACGGGAGCAUCGCGAUGUCCUACAACUACACAGGCGCCUUCCAUCUACCAAACAUACGAAAUAUCACAAAGGGCUUCAAGUGGUUUACAAUCCUCGCCGUUAGUAUGGACGACCCGAAACCAACGUCUAUCAAUUUACCGGAUCUCGAGUUCCUAGGCGGAAGUAUAUGGUUUAACAGCCUCCCGACUUUGAAGAGCUUUACUGCACCGAAAUUGAAAACCGUUGGGUCGAAGGCGUUCAUCGAUGUCACUCAGGAGCUGGAUCUGCGAUCAUUAGUUGAAUCGGAGUAUUUGAGUGUCAGGGGAGAUGCGUCAAGCGUACGCCUCGACUCCUUGCGACAGGUUCGCGAACAGAUACAGAUUUGUAACUCGGACGAGUGCAAUUCAAAUAACUCGUCCCACGGUACCUUGGAUCUUUCCCUUCCUGCACUUCACGAUGUUGGCCAUCUCCUCUUACAGGGGAGAUUCUCGAGUUUGGAUACACCAAAGCUCACCAAUAUUUCUGGGUUUGGAUCAGGUUCCUACAGUAUCCUGCUCCGCUCAGAGGAAGGACCGGAGAUUGACCUCUCUUUCCCUGAGUUGAAAUACAUCCAAGAUGAUAGUCUGUGGCUGGAGGGAAGUAUUGGAAGUUUGUCGAUGCCCAGCUUAACCAAUUUGACCGCCUGGCUUUAUGUAAAAACCUACGACCGGCUUGAUAUCAACCUGCCUUUCGUGGAGGCGGGCACCAUGACGUUGGGAGGCAAUAUUUCUAGUGUACAACUUCCAAAUCUAAAGUCUGUCGGUCAGCUCCAAGUCAACACGGCUGCCUCACUCGACUGUAAAUCCUUGGAGGAAACAAUCAUAAAAGCGACAAAUGCGUCGCGCUCACCGGUGUCUUGUCAUGUAGAGAAUUCGGCCUGGCAUCUUGGCCUCAACCUUGGUGCUAAAGUCGCGUUGGGCAGCGUGGUUGGUGUUGUUGUUGGGCUAGUGGUGUCGUACUAG